UUUUCUGAGAACAGUUCGACUUUGGGGAAACGCUGGAUCGGUUCGUCUUUGAAGAUCGUCCGCAUUAACAAACAAUAGUACAUAUUGCAAUCUCGGUUCGUUCGUUGCUAACAAAAGAUACGAGUCAGUGAGUGAUAUGUGUUCGCGGGUGCCUAUAAAGUUGACUUGCUUGUAACUCAGCAAGCGUAGCUAGUAGAUAACAAAAAGUAAGAUUGUCCGUCAAGCAGUAGAUACUAGUGCCUGCGCUAGUGCGCUAGCUCCUCCAUAAGCAGUAUUGGACGCCGUCUGUUAUGCAGACACACUUUAUUUGGUACAUAUCUAUAAAAACUUGUAAGCUUGGUAUCUUGACUGUGAAAUCAAUGCGCCACGUUUUCAAAACCAGAUUAUACCGAUGCUCGUAGUAACAAGGUUUGCGCAAAAUGUUGUGAAAGAAAAAAUCGCGAGUGGAUUCGUUCUGGUGUUUUUUGGGGCUUUUUUCAUUUAACAUAUAUUUUUUUGCGGGCCGUAAAGGAAAGUGCCUGAAGUCAUUGUUCUAAGAAUUUCAUUUCCAGUUUUUCAAGUAUCUGUGCAGAGGAGCUUUCGAAAGUCGAAGUGAAGUGUUUUACUAUGUUCUAAGUGGUUUUAUUUCGGAGUGUUCUGAAGCUUGAAGUGGUCCUAGAGUUAGCAUACGGAUUAUAGUUUAUACUUGCAGUGCUAGUUUUUUAGUGCCUUUUGUGUCGCGGAAACCAUAUACAUCUAUACGCCCAUCGCAAGAAGUAAAUGAUAUAUAACAAGAAAAAUGGCAAACAAGAAAAAUGCUGGCGCAGUAACACAAUCAUCGAAUGAUAACAAUGCGUCAUCAGUCACACACAACAAAGACGAGAACUCCAAAGAUAAACAAUUAGUUGUUUCAACACGCAAAAGUCAUUCUCACCACCACAAUCAUCACGGUAAAGUGCACGAACCAGAAUAUGAUCUCGUUCCUCCCGACGGUGGAUGGGGAUGGCUCAUAUUAUUAGGGUCAACAGUCGUUAAUAUUUUAGUUCCUGGUACAAUUAAAAGUUUUGGAGUUCUAUUCGUCGAAUUUUUGGAAGCAUUUGACGCUUCACCAGCAACAGCAGCAUGGAUUCCAGCAUUGUGUUACUUCCUGUACAGUUCAUUAGGUCCAUUGUCCAGCAUUCUUUCUGUUAAAUAUUCAUAUAGGACAGUAACAUUGAUUGGAGGAACAUGUGCCGCUGUGGGAAUGAUCAUUUCCUUUUGGGCAUCAUCGGUGACGUUUUUGUAUAUAAGCUAUGGUGUCUUAGUUGGAACAGGAGCUGGACUCUCGUUUCCACCAACAGUUUAUAUUGUUACCUCAUACUUUGUUAGGCUGAGAGGUCUGGCGAAUGGAAUAUGUAUAUCGGGGAGUGCUUUAGGAUCAAUCAUAUUGCCACCAGUUCUACGGUGGUUGCUGGAGACAUACGGAUACAGAGGAUCCGUUUUAAUCAUGGGCGGAAUUACCCUACACGUGUGGGUUGCAGCAAUAUUUUACGAACCGGUCGAACAGCACAUGAAACGCGUUCCAAAAGAGGAUAACCAUCUAGAAAACAUUGAAGAAGAGGAUUUCGGUAUUAUGAUGAAAUUAGAAAGUGUCGAGGAUCAGAAAUCGAUCUUAACAUCAAACGAAACAUUAGUUUCCCCGAAACUCACAAUCCCUGAAAUAGCGAAUGGAAAAGAGAAUGGUUUUGUGAGAAGUGCUUCGGCUGCUGUCGUUCAAAACUUAAACAGUGAUCGCACAAGAAAAAUCAGCACUCCUUUACGUGUUCCUCAACGCAAUCAAACUUUCACAACAGGCCAAUUAAGCUCGACCCCUUCCUUAUAUGCAGCACCAAACCGGUCACGUAGUCGCCUACAAAAGCGAUCGCCAUCAACAAGUAGUUUCCAGUAUGUUUGCACGCCCUAUCACGGAAGCACCUUAUCGUUUCAACCGAAGGAGUUCUCAUCGCAUCUGUCUUUAAGAUCAAUUACUUCUGGAAAGUAUGGCCAAAAGACAGACGAACCGGAGGAGGAGAAGGGAAAGACUCGCCAAAAAUUCAUUGAUUUAUCAUUACUUAAAGAUCCAGUCUACCUUGUUAUUUUAAUAUCAAAUUCGACCAACGCUAUUAGCUAUACGAAUUUCAUCAUCCUUUUGCCUGCCUACGCAAUCACAAUGGGCUUCGACAAAAGUCUGGCCGCGUACUUAAUUUCAAUUGUCUCAGCAACCGAUUUGAUAGGACGUAUAGGAGGAUCAGCUCUGUCCGACACCGCUCUAAUCCCGAAAACAUGGUAUUUCGUCGGAGGCCUGGCUCUAUCUGGCGUUUCGCUUUCGUUUCUACCACUAACGACCACGUACGGCAUGAUCAGUUUCUGUUGUGCUGUUUUCGGCCUAGCAUCAGGAGUAUACGUGGGCAUCACUGCCGUUAUCAUGGCCGAUAUGUUGGGCAUGGAACGUCUUACAUCUUCCUAUGGAAUCAGUCUUUUCGUUAAUGGAAUAUUGCAGUUGGUGGGACCCCCACUGUGUGGUAUUUGGUAUGAAAACUCGGGCACAUAUGUUCCACUGUUCUUCACUUUGGGAAUAUUCUUAUUGGCCGGAGCGAGCUUGUGGGGCUUUAUGCCUCUAAUUCGAUAUCGUAGGAAGCUCCAAGAAAAAGACCAGAAGGGAGCCGACAACAGUUUGCUGGAGAAUAGUUAGAAGAUCAAAUUCCUAGCGUAAUUUUAAUCAUUUUUUGUUAAUAGAUUUUAAGUCCCUUUUUUAUUAAAGAGAAGUAUUUAUUUAUAGGAACAAGAUGAAAAUCUACAGCAAAAUGCUUUACGCAAUGAAUCGUUUUUUACCAAUCGCUGGUUUAUAUGUGUAGGUUUUCAGAGGUAACCGUAUCUUUCAACAUAUCUUAAAAAAGGAGAAACCUGAAAUUUUCAGAAGAAUACAAAUCACAUGCCACAUCACACAGAUCCCAUUUGUGUUCCUUAGUACAAGAUAUUAGCAGAUUAUAGGAAAAAUAUUUUUUUAUUACAACCACUUGCACGAAACUUCUUUACUGCAACCUAAAAUAGCCAAAUACAGUUCCAAUGUUCAUUCCCCUUCUUCACAAUCAUCAGUGGCAGCUGAAACCACGCAAAUAUAAACAAAAUGUUACAUCACAAAUGAUCACAACCUCUGUAAAUCAGAAAAAUUCUAGACGAUUUCCUAAAAUUAAUUCGAUACAUCUUUUAUACGUUAUGUUCACAUUUCGCAAAGCUUUUAUGUAGACGUACAUAGAUUCCUCCAUUGAAAUUAGAAAUAUUUGACCUACGGACACUUACGAUCCCCGUUAAUGACUGUCUUUUCUACGAUCAAGAAAAUAGAAAUCUUUACACUUUAAAUAACAGGCACUGGAUAGUAAAAAUUUGUCACGUCGUACACGCUUUCGAUGAUAGCCAUCAUAAUUUCAGUCGAGCUAAGUACUUUGAAGAAACAAGAAACGCAGAUUUUUAAAAUAUGUUUGUACCAUUAAUGAUUAUUAUUUUAUUACUGAGGAUGCAAUGUACAAAUUUUUAAAAAAACUAAUACCACACACAUGAUACCGAAUAAAGAGACGAUAUUAUAUGAA